UCUAGACAACAGGACAAUUCGAUUUCAUUUAACAUGUGGGCCUUCAAACGCCGCCAAAAACAGACAAGAAAAACACACAUUUUACGGCUUUUGACAGAGCCGCAGCCUGUUUGCAGCCUGACACCAGCCGCGUGCUAAACAGCAGCUCGGAGGACUGAGUGACUGCAGGCUUGCACCACCGCUAACGUUACACUUACGCAGCUGUCUGUCACCAAAGCUAAUCGGCUAUCUAACGUUAGCUGAAGCAGCUCGCUUUGCCACAUGAUAUUGACGUACAUUGUACAGGGACAGACCUCCACAAACAGUGACUGGAUCCGAUAAACCACUCCGUACCGCUGAAAUGGACAAAGACGAGGCAGACCGGCUGAUAGAGAAGGCGAAGCUGUGUUUACGGUCAGGACGGAAAGAUCGGGCGUUGCAGCUGCUAAAUGAAGCGCAGAAUAUUUAUCCCAGCACCAGGGCCAGAGUGCUGAUAGAUGCCAUACUGAGGAAUGGAGGCAGUGCUGCUCCAGAAUCGAACCACGUGCCCCCACCCACAGGCUGGAGAGACGAGGACAUUGGAAACCAUGAACCAAGCAAUGCAAGUGGUGACGAAAAGAAGACUUACACCGAGGAUCAACGCCAGGGUGUUCUCAGGAUAAAGAAUUGCAAGGACUUCUAUGAAAUCCUUGGUGUUAACAAAAAUGCCAGUGAUGAAGACUUGAAGAAGGCUUACAGGAAGUUGGCUCUAAAGUUUCACCCUGACAAGAACUUUGCUCCAGGAGCCACAGAUGCUUUCAAAGCAAUAGGCAAUGCAUAUGCAGUGCUGUGCAAUCCAGAGAAGAGGCAGCAGUAUGAUCAAUAUGGAGAUCAGUCUGCAACAUCGAAUGCACCCCAACAAUCCGCCUACAGUCGUCAUGGGCACUACCGGAACUUUCACAGAGACUUUGAGGCUGACAUUUCUCCUGAGGAACUCUUCAACAUUUUCUUUGGAGGAAGGUUUCCCACAGGAAAUGUCCACGUGUACACCAACCAGGGAGCCUCCUACGCUCAGUUUUACCAGCCUCGUCGUCGGCGUGCUUAUGAAAGGCGCGAGGAGGUGGUGGAGGAAAACCAGAGUCAGAAUACCUUCACAGCACUGCUGCAGCUUCUCCCUGUCCUGGUGUUAAUCCUCAUAUCAGUGUUUACCCAGAUGAUGGCCACUAACCCGCCCUACAGUCUCUUCUAUAAGCCGGCAAUGGGACUAGUGGUGUCAAGGGAAACGCAACACAUGGGUAUAACAUACUAUGUAGAUAAAAGCUUUGAGAAGGAGUAUCGUGGUUCUGCGUUGGAAGAACUGGAGAAAACCAUUGAGAGUGACUAUAUUGAACACCUGCAGACCAGCUGCUGGAAAGAAAAACAGCAAAAGUCAGACUUGGCAAACCUUGGACAACUGUACCGAGACGAACGGUUAAAGCAAAAGGCAGAGUCAAUGAGGCUGGACCACUGUGAGAAGCUGCAUCGAUUAGUUGGGCGUCAGAGAGGCAAAUGAGGACUGUGUGAGAGGAGAAAAUGUUUCUUUACAGACUUUACUGUGUUUUAGAGAAGUGUGUAACUUACCCAAUCUGGCCACUUUGUAAAGAAACCAUGUCAGGUACACCGCAAUCAGUGGGAGAUUAUGCCACUGGAAACAAUGUGCCUUCUCUCCUCUUUGAUGGUAGAAAAUAGUUGAGUUGCAUGUUAGCUGCUAACCUUGGCUGUGGUGGCAGCUGCAUCAAGUCCAAACUCACUGUGUGUAUGAUGUCUCAGAGCCUUUAAACUUUCUUAUAGAAAUGGCAUGAAAUAUGGGGUCUCCCUUUGGGGCAAUGAAGGCAGUUGUAUGUUCACACAUACACAUGUGUUUAGGUUUUGUAGUUAAACUGUAUUUAUUUUGGAUGUUUUGUGCUGAAAAUGUAGGUGUAUUUAUUUAGUAGCUAGUAGAGUGAGCAUUUGGCUCAUUGUUUUUUCUGUCGGAAAUAAUCAAGUACAGAUAAUAACACAAAUAAUACUGUUGUAUUUGAAGAAAUAAGAGAGUACUGUGAAAUGACAGUGGACCUUCUAUUUAUGAUUAAAAUUUCAAAUCAGGCAGUCUGGUGUUAUUGUAACAGGAAGUAUACUCAAGUAAAAAUAUUUAAAACAUGACCACAGUUUUCUGAUUAAUGGACUCAUCGUAAAACCUGCCAAAAAAUGGGCUGCCUCUCGCAACAAAGCUUCCAGCUCCCUGUGCUGUUGCUUGCGUAGGCGUUUAUGAUUAGCUUGGGCCGUUCAGGCCCCGUGUUUUAGCUGCAGGUUUAAGCUUGAGAAAUGACUGUUUUCUGCAAAAAGAGGCAUGUGUUCCCUGCUAGAUAAGGGAGGCUAUGGGGGUUAAACGGUACGCAAUACCAGAGUUUCAUCAACCAUGCAGGGAACAGAUAAGAUUUUUAUUCCCUUUAUUUCUACCUGUUUUUUUAUGAAGACGUUGAAAAUUUAAACCAUUUUAAUCAAAUUAUUUUUCUCCCGCAGCCACAUGCAAAAUUGUUGUUGCUGUUGUUUUUUGUUUAUUUUGUACCAACCCUAGAUCCUGAAAACCCCAUGCAGACAUCAAUACUUAUUUCUCUGUGCUAAGACCAGACUGGUCUGUCUUAGCUGUUGUCAUUCUUGUGAAAUGUUCAGGUUCAUCUCAAACACUUUUUAAGUUAACCCUUACUUCUGUGUUCCAUAUCGUUACUGCUGCAUGCAUCCUAGUGAGAGUGCUUUUACUAGUUGCAUAUUUAUUUUAUUUAUUUCCACAGCUACUGACACUAUAAAUGUUGAUUGAAUAUUCAGGUCCAUACUGUAAUUCACAAAAUUAUUUUUAAUGUGAUACACGUCAUGUUUUGGUAUUAAUCAGUGUGGAAGUACUCUUGAGUAACACUUCAGAAUUAAGUUUUCAGCCAAAAAUAACAGAAGAUUAAAGAAGUAACCACUG